GUCUCAUUGUUGGGAAGACUUACAAUUUUGGACAAAAAGGACUGAACUGGUAGGAAAUAGUUCAGCUAAAACGAUGAAAGAGGCCACUUUGCUGCAAUUUUUACUUGGAAUAAUUGUUUGCUCUACUCUCUUCUUCUGCACCAAUGCAGAAGAUCCAUAUCUAUUCUAUACUUGGGAAGUCACAUAUGGAACUCGGGCACCUCUUGGUGUUCCCCAGCAGGUCAUUCUUAUUAAUAAUCAAUUCCCUGGACCUCCAAUUGAAGCUGUGACUAAUAACAACAUAGUUGUUAAUGUCAUCAAUCAUUUAGAUGAACCCUUCCUCAUUACCUGGCAUGGAAUUAUGCAAAGGAGAACAUCAUGGCAAGAUGGUGUGCUAGGAACCAAUUGCCCAAUCCCUCCCCACUCAAACUGGACAUACAAAUUCCAGGUGAAGGAUCAAAUUGGGACCUUCAUGUACUAUCCUUCAACUCUAAUGCAUAGAGCUUCGGGUGGCUUUGGGGCUUUCAACAUUAACCAAAGAUCUGUGAUUUCAAUCCCUUACCCAGCAUUUGAUGAGGAUGUAACUUUGCUUGUUGGUGAUUGGUACAUCAAGGGCCACAAGGCCUUACAGAAGCAGUUGGAUUCAGGCUUGGAUCUUCCUCUGCCAGAUGGGCUCCUCAUAAAUGGUGUUAGUAACUUUACUUUCACUGGUCAGAAAGGGAAAACUUACAAAUUUAGGGUUACAAAUGUGGGAAUAUCAACAUCAAUUAACUUCAGGAUCCAGGGUCAUCCAAUGACUCUUGUUGAAGUUGAAGGAUGUCAUACUCUGCAGGAGGUGUAUGAAUCCAUCGAUAUUCAUGCGGGUCAAUCCAUAGCUGUUUUGGUUACCUUACAUGGGUCGGUUAAAGACUACUUCAUUGUGGCUUCGACCCGCUUCACCAAGCCCAUCCUCACCACUACCGGUAUUCUUCUUUAUCAGGGUUCCCAAACUCCGCCCUCUUUGCCAUUGCCUGUUGCCCCAACUUAUCACGUUCACUGGUCCAUGAAACAUGCCAGGACUAUCAGAAUGAACUUGACAGCAAAUGCAGCUAGGCCUAAUCCUCAGGGAUCAUUCCACUAUGGGGCAAUAAAGGUUGUGAGGACAAUUUUAUUGGCUAAUGAAAAAGUCGAGAUAAAUGACAAAUUGCGGUAUGCCGUUAACGGGAUAUCCUAUGUGGAUCCAGCCACUCCAUUGAAGCUUGCAGACUGGUUUAACAUCCCUGGUGUCUUCGUCUUGAACGGGACCAAGGAUGCUCCUCCUUCAGGGCCUCCAACCUUGGGUGUCUCGGUCUUUGGACUCACCCUCCAUGACUUUGUUGAGAUUGUCUUCCAGAACACUGAAAAAACCAUCCAGUCUUGGCAUCUUGACGGUUAUAACUUCUUUGUUGCCGGAUAUGGCGGUGGCAACUGGACAACCGACGUAAGAAGACGAAAAAGGUACAACCUGGUUGAUGCAGUAUCUAGGAGCACUGUUCAGGUUUAUCCUAAAAGCUGGACUUCAAUUUUGGUCUCAUUGGACAACAAAGGAAUGUGGAACUUGAGGUCGCAAACCUGGUCAAAGCGGUACUUAGGCCAAGAAGUCUAUCUUAGAGUCUGGAACGACGAGAAAAGCUUGUAUACUGAAACUGAUAUUCCUCCAAAUGCACUAUUUUGUGGCAAGGCCGUUCAAUCUUAGAACACCAUUAAUGUCGUAUUGAUGUAAUCUACAUCAGCUAAUUUAUUUUCUGAUUUUUUUUUCUUUUUUUAGGAGGGUGGGACUGUUUAGGAAGAGAAAUAAGUCUUAAAAAUAUAGUAAAUUUAUUGCGGCUAUAUUUUUUAAAAAAUUUAUAUUAAAUCACAAUAAUGUGUUUCUUUUA